CUGUCACUGUGGAUUUACAGGCCAAACGUUUAGCAAGUGAUCCCUGGCAGUCAGCUCUGGGCGUGGUGGCCCUCCAUCUGCUGUGGGUGGCUUCCUCACCCUUACGGCUCACGGAUCUGCCAGGGUGUUGUCAGAAACGGUGGCUGGAGUCGCCAUCUGCUUCCAAUUACACUGUGACGGCAUGCAGGUCGGCGUCCCGGGCGCAGCCUUGCUAAACUGCCGCAGCGAGAGUAGAGAGGAGCCGGAGGGGAAAAGGAAGGAGGCAGAACUUGGAAGCGAAAGCCGCGACUUGGAUCUGAUUCUAACUGUGGUUGAGCUGAGUCACUGUAGCCGGCAGAGGCAUGGAGCCCUGGCUGCACUUUUCCAUUACUCUGUGGAUUUUUUUUUUCUCCUGUAAUUGGUCUGACUGGGAGACUAACAGCUGCCUCCAGCUUUAGGUUUGGAAGUUUCGUUCUCUGGUAAGACAUGAGGGAGAUGUAGCAGGAAAAGGAUCGUUUCUUUUCACCAAACUGGAGCGGAAACAGGUCGGAUUUUCACAAGUUGUGAUGUGACUCUAUUCACUUUUCUUGCUUUCAUUUAUUGUUGCAUGGGCUUUGAGCCACUUAUAUGAAUUCCUGCAUGCGACACAGAUGCCUUAACACCCAUUACAACCUCUUGGCUCGCAUUUUUUUCUGAUGUGAGAGAGCAGAUACGAGCUGUGUGAGCGGUAACCGCAAUGUUGACACUCUCGGAAAACCUUUUCACCAACUUCCUGCUCCAAACUUCGCUGCUUUCUUAACGAGGAGGCGCUGAUUCUCUGAAAAUGGAGAAGCAGAAAGCCAUCCUGAAAUUUUUCAAGACUCUCUCAGAGGAGCAAAAUGAGGACGUAACGCAAGGAGACACGGAGCUGAGCUUCAAUCUGAAGAAAAAUGGGGAUAUGCGAUUUGAAGAUGCUCUGGAGAGCGGUAGAGACUCCUUAUUGUAUGUUAUAUUGCCCCUGGAAGAAGAGGAGAUCACCUCAAACCCAGCGGGACGUUUAACUACGAGAGAGGAGGGAAAUGACUCAGAGAUGACAGAGGAGGAGAGGAAUGAUGUCAACCUGACGGAGCGGCAACACGAGGCCGCAAACGAUGAAAAUGUCUCAGAGAGUUGCUGUGACAGUGGCGGCAGCGUAUCGUCGGAUGAAUGCUCUUUAAAGGAAUCCCGGCAAGCAGAGUGUCAACACGUUUCAACUGAGUGCACAGGUAACGACUGUGAUCUUGUCACACCAAUGGGUGUCGAGGAGGAUGACAGCGAAGAGGCCAACCAGAGCACGGGAAAAGACAGUCAUCACUGCCAGGACGAUUUCAUCAUUCCUGAUUCAGAUUUGGGAGCUGAUCCUGAGAAAUCGGCGAAGGGUCGGCCACCUGAGACCGAACAUGACGUGAUGACAACAACACAGACGGGAGCUGGAGUUGAGGCGCAAACAUGUGUCGGCCCUCCGUGUUUUAAAAAUGAUGAUGAGGAAGAGAAAAGUUGUGCAGAAGAGGAAAAUGAAGAAGAUGAAGAAAGAGAUGUAUUCCCAGACUCUUCCACCCAACUUCCCUUUCCUUCCAUCCCUAAAGACACAAAUAUCGUCAUAACAGCGGCUGCUCAUAACCCUCCAACUGGAUCCACGUUCACCAGGGCCACCUUCUCGCCAGGCUCCCCAGCGGAUAAGCAGGUCCAGCUCCCAGCCCUCUUCAGCGCGAUGAGGGUCCUGAGGAAGGGGGUGGUCGGGCCCGAGCACGACACCGUGGCCCCGAUCAGGAGGGACGUUUCCCCUGAGAAGCAAGGGGAUGCUAAAGUCCAGGGGGGCUUCCUGGAGCAGAUCUCCCUGCUCCUGAGCAAGGACAAGAAGGAAGCAGGGGCAGAGGAAGACGAGGACGACACCAGAGAGAAGGGUGAAGAAGGUGAAGAGUGCGAGAGUCAGGAAGCCCAAACAGAGGAGGAAGCAGAGGUUUCAAAUGAGCCUAGAAAACCGUCUGUGUCCAGCGCGGAGGCAGCAUUCGAUGCGUUCAAAGCUUUUUUCACCCCAAAGCCUCUGAAGAAGGACCCAGCAGACAAGGUGGACCUGGAGGCCGUGAGGAAGAAGAUCAGAGCGGAUAAAGACGCGCUGAGAGCGCUUUUCGACAGGACCGCCAACAAGACGCCGGAGAAGAAAGACUCACCUGACUUUAAAUCAGAAACAUCGACCCCCGGAGAGGGAGAGGAAAGAACCCCCGGUCGUCUUCACGCCGUCUGGCCGCCACUUAAGGAGGAAAAAGUCGGGCUGAAGUACACAGAAGCAGAGCACCAGGCUGCUCUGCUGCAGCUGAAGAGAGAAUGCAAAGAGGAGCUGGAGAAGCUACAGGAGGAUUAUGGACAGCAGCUCUCCAGGCUGAGGGUGGAAAACGAGGACAAUGUCGCCCGUCUGGAGUUGUGUCUGGCGGAGCUGCAGGCCAAGCUCUCCCAGGCCGGUACCGGUCCCCGAGGGGAGCUCAAAGAUGCCGCUGUGUCGACCGGAGACGAUUUCAUACGCAAAUCCUUCCGCACAGUCUGCGUCCAGACAGACCGAGAGACUUUUGUUAAGACGCCUGAGGACGGAGAGGGAACGAGCCCCCAGCAGCAGAAGGUGAACCCCAGAAAGCUGGACCUGACCUCUAUCAGCCUCAGCCUGGCCGGGCAGAGGGACGACACUCCGUCGUCACACGACCUUCUUCUUCCUCCAUCUGAGCAACCGCCUGCUCCGACCAAAACACACAAUCUGCCUCCUCCUCCUCCACCUCCUCCAUGUUUAUCUGCACCCCUGAACAACACGCAGCCCUCAAACGGUCCUCCACCACCACCGCCCCCUCCACCUCCUCCAUCCGCGCCGGGCUUAGCCCCCCCACCUCCUCCUCCUCCUCCAGGCGGAGGCUUCAUGAUCAACAGACCUCCCAGGAAACCAGCAGUGGAGCCAUCCCGACCCAUGAAGCCUCUGUACUGGACCAGGAUCCAGAUCCAGGACAGCAAUAACAACAUACUGUGGAACAUUUUGGAGGAGCCAAACUUGAUCAACACCAGCGAGUUUGAGGAUCUCUUUGCCAAAACCACCACGCAGACCAAGAGGAAGCCGCUGUCAGAGGUGUACGAGAAGAAAGCCAAGGCCAGGAAGCUCAUCAAGCUGCUGGAUGGGAAGCGCUCUCAGGCCGUGGGCAUCCUCAUAUCGAGCCUCCACCUGGAGAUGAAAGACAUUCAACAAGCCAUACUGACAGUGGAUCACUCCGUGGUGGACGUGGAGACCAUUGAAGCGCUGUAUGAUAAUAGAGCACAGCCGGAGGAACUGGAGACGAUCAGGAAGCACUACGAGACGUCGGAGGAAGAGGAAGUCAAACUGCUGGACAAACCUGAACAGUUCCUGUACGAGCUCUCUCAGAUCCCGGACUUUGCAGGCAGAGCUCACUGCAUCAUCUUCCAGUCGGCCUUCAUCGAUGGGAUGUCAACCAUCCAACGCAAGCUCAACACAGUCUCCAGAGUCUGUGAGGCUCUGCUGGAGAGCGAUGGUGUGAGGAGAGUGGUGGGACUGGUGUUGGCUCUGGGGAACCACAUGAACGGGGGCAGCAGGGUCAGAGGUCAGGCCGACGGCUUUGGACUGGAGAUUCUACCUAAACUGAAGGAUGUGAAGAGCAGGGACAAUCGCAUCAGCCUGGUGGACUACGUAGUGUCAUAUUACCUGCACAACGUGGAUAAGAACUCCGGCACAGACAAGAGUACGUUCCCACUUCCUGAACCGCAGGACGUCUUCCUGGCAGCGCAGGUCAAGUUCGAUGACCUCAACAGAGACCUCAGACAGCUCGGACGAGACCUGACAAGAUGCGAGAAAGACGUGCAGAAAGUUUGCUCUGAAUCUCCCGAGGAACACCUGCAGCCGUUUAAGGACAAGAUGGAGGCUUUUGUUCUCAGUGCACGGAAAGAGCACGCGGAAGCUUCCUAUCAGCUGAUGACUGUACAGAAAAGCUUUCAGGACUUGGCUCUGUAUUUUGGACUGAAGCCCAAGACGGGAGAGAAGGAGGUGACCCCUGAUUACCUCUUCAUGGUCUGGUUUGAGUUUUGCGCUGACUUCAAGGCCCGAUGGAAGAGGGAGAACAAGGGCAUCUCCAAAGACAGAUUAAAAGAGGCUCAGCUGUCAGUCAAGAGGAUCACAGCAGAUAAGAAGGUGGAGACCAGGAGGAUCAACCCGAACAGUCUGAAAGAGCGACUGCGCCAGAAAGAAGUCAACAUGUCGUCUUCUUAAGAGACCCGGGAGGUAAAGAGAUGCCACAGUCCCAAAAUCACACGAGCUGGACCCGACUGGAUGUGGACCACCAAACCAAACUAACAUUCCCGCUUCAGCUGACAGCUUUAUGUAACAUACUUUGCUUCUUAACGAUGUAUUUUUAAUUUAAGAGAUUGAAGAAGAUCUUUUGUGCAAUAUGCAGACAUCAUUUACAGCUCGGACUGUGUGUAGAUUCUGACAAUUUUUGCUUUUGAUUUUCUGACAUGUAAUCUUUUCAAUACUUUUUCCACAAUUAAAGUUGCUGAUUAGGAAAAAAAAAAA